AUGACUAGUAUUCGACACAUACCUCGAUUGAAAAAUCAAGUGGCUAAUGACUUGGCUCAGAUUGCAUUCGGGUAUAAAAUUUCAAAAGAAAAAUUGCAAAAAGUCAUUGAAGUUAGAGGAAGAGUCGUGCCGACCAUAUUAGCCCCAUCAGAUUUGGAGAAAACAAACCUGGGAUACGCUAAUAAAGAAAACUUCAAAAUAUUGGCAAUAGAUAACCUGGCAGACGAAGAUUGGAGGAAACCAAUAGUGGAAUAUUUACAAGAUCCAAGGGCGUCUGCCGACCGAAAAAACCAGACUCCUGAGGGAGUUUUGCUUAAAUAUCUUAGUGAAUCAGAGGCAUAUUUAGCUCUUUUGACUGUCCAUAGUGGGGAAUGUGGGGCGGACCAAGUUGGCCAUAAGAUGAAAUGGAUUCUAUUUCGCCAAGGAAUGUAUUGGCCUACCAUGCUGAAAGACUGCAUCGAAUUUGCCAAAGGGUGCCAAGAAUGUAAGGUACAUGCGGGCAUACAACAUGUCCCUACGAGCGAAUUACACUCUAUAGUCAAACCUUGGCCUUUUAGAGGUUGGGAUUUGGAUUUAAUUGGGGAAAUUCAACCACCAUCAUCAAAGAAUCAGAGGUAUAUCUUGGUUGGCGUUGAUUAUUUUACAAAAUGGGUCGAAGUUAUAUCUUUGCCAAAUGUGGCCCAAGAAGAUGUGAUUGAAUUUUUCCAGAAACAUAUUAUUUAUAGAUUUGGAAUCUCAGAGACUGCCACAACAGAUCAAGGAUCAAUAUUUACUGGUCGAAAGAUGCAAGAAUUUGCUAAGGAAAUGGGUUUUAAAUUGUUAAAGUCUAUGCCAUAUUAUGCUCAGGCUAAUGGUCAAGUCGAAGCAGCUAAUAAGAGGCAUCAUGAAAUUCCAUCAGAAUCAUAUUGGAACAUGAUGCUGGAUGAACUAGUCGAUCUAGAUGAAGAGAGACUAAAUUCCUUGGAAUUAUUAAAACGACAAAAGAAGAGAGUAGAGAACUCUUAUAAUAAGAAGGUUAAACUUAAAACAUUUUCUCCUAAAGACUUGGUCUGGAAAGUUGUCCUUCCAAUGGAUCGAAAGGAUAGAACCUUUGGGAAGUGGUCUCCCAAGUGGGAAGGCCCUUUCCAAAUUUUGCAAGUAUUCUCUAAUGGUGCCUAUGAGAUUGAGGAACUUAGUGAAGACAAGAAUCUUGAGAGUAAAUGGAAAAUAUUUGAAACGAUAUAG